GAAAUUGACUUCUGGUCAUGGACUUUGGAAGAACCUAUAGUUCACAUAAAUACGAUAAAUAUGAAGGGGAGACAAAUCAUGCUGGUCGUGACUGCCAACACGAGAGCAAAUCUCUAUGAAUUUGACAUCAAAACUGAAAACAAGUCAUAUUGGUACCUACAGUCUCUACAUCUAAAAUCACUUGCAAAGUCUUCAGCGUUCAGCUCUCUCGAUUCAGAAUACUUCCUUGCCAUACCACAAACUUCGAUGGACUCAGUAUCAAUCUACAAAUAUGAAAAAAGCCACUUUGUCGAACACGAUUCAAUAAGAAGCCCCAAAGUAACUGCAGUGGUGUCGUUCACUAUUGGCUUUAAAUCAUUUUUGGCUGUUGAUGGGUAUAACUCUGCUAUAUAUGAGUUCACGAAAAAUGGAUUGAUUGAGCGAAAAAUUGUCAACAGUAAUUCAGAGACGAUACAUUAUUGGUUGCCUGUUCCUAUUCAGACGUAUAGGGAUGAAGUUAUUGUUUUUGCUCAAAGAUAUUUGGAUCAUGGAACUCACAAGACUUAUGCUGUAGAAAUAAUUACAUACAAUGGAGGUCAGUUCGAAGAACAUGAAGAUGUACCUUGCUCAUCUUUUGAAGAAACAUCCCCUUGGUUGAUUUGUCUCGCACACGACAAUGGUAUAGUGGGAGCUAGUUAUAUGGCUAUAGGAAAUAAACUAGCACUGAUAGUAUCGAAACCCAGCAAAAGCUCUUUCGUUACAUUCAUGAUUCAUAGUACUAUGAAAUUGAUGCCGCAUCCAAAAAAACGUGAAAUAGAUUUGUUACAUGAGCAGAAGCACAACCUACAGAAACUAAUCGAUGAGCAAGUGAGAAAGUAUGAAGAACUGGUUCAAUUGAAAACAGAAUCAUUCCGGGAUCUGACAGAUUCGCUGAACACUGAAGAAUACAUUGUAGGAGAACCUGAAGAAGAUAUAACAAAAUUUGAAAAAGAUAUUCUUUCCAUGGGCUUGAACUUAGAUGAAGCGAUGAAAAAAGUUACGGAAAUAAAAUCUAAAGAAAACCAAACUGAAUAUGACACUAUCAUAGUCAACGGAGCCAUGAAAGUUCAAAAUAAUUUUACUGUGGAUAAAGUAGAAAUAGAUGAAAUAAAUAAUCAACCAGCCACAGAUUUACUGCGUGAUAUUGUCAGGAAAGAUGAAUUGAAUGAGCCUCUAAAAAAUAAAACUUUCACAGACCUUGAAGUGAAAAAUUUGAAUUUUGAAGUAGUAAAUAAUAUUAAUGCAUCUCAGAUUACAUACAGCGAUGAUGAUAUAGUUCUGAGAGGUAAUAUUACUAUUGAGGGACCUGCAAAGCUAAACAAAACGACUGUAACAACUGGAAAAAUCAACGAUAUGGAUAUUACAGGUGAUUUUCUGAAAAAUGGAAUGAAAGCAAACAAAAUGAGUAAUCUGAAACCUGUUAAGAGAAACAUAACCGCUCAUAUGGACGAAGACAAAAAUGAUGCAGAAAGUGCAUUCAUAUCACAAAACAUUUCAGUAAUCAAUAUCAAUGGAAUACCAUUUUCAGAAUUCAUCGCAAACUUGUGUUUGGUGAACGUCAAAUGCUAUAUUCCUGGAAAUCUAACAAUUAUUGGAAAUACAACCGUGAAUGAGUUGAAUACCAGUUACUUGAAUGACUUAAUGUUUCCGGAGGAGUACAUCCUUGCUGAUUCAGUUUUCUAUGCUAAUAUCACAGGUCGAAAAAAGUUUGUUGGUUCACUUGGUGCAAUAGCUGUCAGGUCAGAAGGUAACAUUGGCGGUGUAGAUACUGAUGAAAUCUUCACACUCUCCACCGAUCAAAUAAUUCCAGGGAAAUUCACCUUCAAGAAUCUGGAGCUCACUGAAGAACUGAAUGUUACUGGGAAAGUACUAGGAGAACAUGUUAGCGAAUUCGUUACCAAUCCUACUCUGAAAGAAACUGAUUUAAUAAAAUCUAAUGUGGAUUUUAGACGCCUGGAAGUAAGAGGAAACAUAACCUUAGAUAAUGAAUUCAGUGGCGAAAAUUUUGGAAGCCUUUUAGACGACUUUGUGUAUUUGAGUGAAGAAAUUACUAACGUCACUGGAUAUAAGACAUUCUCGAAAGGUCUAACAGUUAAAGGAAAUUUGAAAAUAGAAUCAAACUCAAUCAACAAUGUGAACUUAGAAACGUUAGUUACGAAAGAUUCCGAGCAGAAACUUGACAUGAACUUUUUGAAUGGAGCAGUAACAAUCGGAAAUCUUAGAGUCAACGGUACAUACGAUGGUAUCGAUAUCGCCCAACUCGAUGAGAGUUUAGUCAAGUUAACCGGGGAACAGUUCCUUGCGUCAACUCUUAUUUUCACUGAUGAUGUAACCGUGGAAAACUUGGAAAUAACAGGAAAACUCAAUGAACUAGAACAUACCGAAUAUUUGUAUACGGAUGGAGAUAUGAAAAUGCCCAAUAAUGUGGCAUUUGACAGAAUAUUAGUAGAGAAUUUGCACGUACAGGGCAACUUCACGGGAAAUUUCUCCAAUUUGGAUUUAGCCGAUUUCAGUAGACGGUAUUUGAGCUUUACGAAAAAUCAAACAGUAGCUGCUCAGUUCCAUAUAGGAUCGUCAGAUGUUGAUAAUUUGUUUGCAGAUGAUGUGAAUGGUCAGGAUUUUGGGAAGUUAUUUAAUGAAACUUGGUUUUUGGAUACUGUCAGGCAGAUGUUGAACAACGGUACCAGUAAAGUUGAAAAUUUGAAAGUGGAUGACUCGAUACACAUAAAAACUGUCAACAAUAGAAACAUCGACGAUAUCAUAUCUACAGGUCCAUUGAAGACAGAAAACGGGACAAUUAAGCAAAAUCUGACAUUCCAGAAUGACAUAUAUUUCAAUGAAUUGGAGAUCGAUAAACUCAGUUCAGUCGGAUGGAAUGAAUUUGUGGAGGCUAUUGUCUUCAAAAACGAAACUACCUUGAAUAUAUCCGGUACCAAAAGAUUCAAAAAUGGUAUUGAAGUUGACAAACUAGUCGACACGAAAAAAAUUAAUGAAAUAGCUGUGAGCAAUAUUCUCACUAAAGAAGGAUCUCAACAUAUUGAUGGUCCUAUAAUUAUUAAUGGCAAUGUAACAUUCGAUAAUUCAUCUCUUUUUGGAAGUAUCAACAAAACACCCUUCGAGGACAUUGAAGGUAUUAUGAAUGUGUCCAAAGGCUUGUACACAGUGAAAGAUGACAUGGUUUUCAGAAGAGUCGCCCAUAUAAAACACUUGAUUGUAAAUGGAACAGUUAAUGAGAAAAUACCAGACCAAAUUCUCAAAACAAUUGUUCACAAAAACUCCGAUGCCGUAUUUGAAAACAAAAUAAUUUUCAAAAAACCUGUUAAUAUAUCAGGAAAAUUUGAUUUAAUAUCCAUGAAUAAUGAAAAUUUCAACGACAAAAUUUCAAACGUUGUUCUUACAACAUCAGAUGUGGAUAUAAGCGGGCGUGUAUCAUUUUCGAAACCAACUAUCAUUCAGAACCAAAUGAGAGUUGAUAACGAUUUUGAUAGCAAUCUUCUAUUCGGUUUGAAUACCGAUGAUUGGUUGGAUAAAGCGAUAUUUCUGGAUAAAGGCUUUAUCGGUGGAAACUUUUCUUUCGAAGAGAUUUCUGUUAACGAAGAACUAAUAACAGAUUUCAUUAAUGAUAUUAAUAUGACCAACAUAAUACCUUUGAGAUCAAAUCAGAGUAUUGAUUAUUUAGUAGUUGAAGAAGUAAGACCAACGAAUGAUAUAAAUGUUGGACAUUGGGUGAAUGGUUUCAAGUUACCACAAGCGUUUGAGAACACCAUGAUGGGUAACGUGGAUCAAGAAAUUGAAUCCGACAUACUUUUUGAAAGUAAUAUUUUGGUUCGCCAGCUCCUCAGUUCUCCUACUAUCAACGAUAAGAACGCUUCCAAGAUAGUCACCAUCCACACCGAUCAAAACCUGACAUCACCCAUCACUUUUAAAUCGAAAUGUAACUUGGAGUCGGAUCUAGAAGUGCAUGGAUUGAUCAAUGACAUAAAUUUGAAGUUGUGGAAGAAGGAUAAGCUCAGAUUAUUUUCUAAUACAAGUCAGGAUGUUAUGGAUGUAUGGAACAUCAGGAAAAACUUGUCUUUCAUUAACGAUGUAGCCGGUAAUAGCUCGAUAGGUGGGUUAGAUUUGGCGAACCUUGCAAAAGAAGUUGAUGAAAGAAGAGAAUACAAGUACAAAUUUGAAAAAGGAAUAAUCGAUGACUAUACCAACAUUUGUACCGACGUCACUUACUUAUACGAAAAAACUAAGUCUCAGAUAUAUAAGUUCAAGUAUUUUGAUGAUUUUCAACAACUCUCCUUCCAAAACAAUAUCAAACACGUUUUCUACUUCGAGUAUCAGAACUCUAAUUAUCUCCUUGUCAAUGAAAACAACUGUAUUUCUCAUGUGUUUGCAUUCAAUGGUACAGUUUUCCACCCAUCGAUAGAGAACAUUGGAACAGGCUCAAUAGAACAAGUGGUGCCUGUUUAUGAUGAAAAUGAUAUCUAUCUUGUCAUACGUGGGGUUGAAGAAGGAAAAUGUAACGUAGUUGGUACCAACAUAUGGAAGUUCACCGAUAAAAACCUGGAUAUGGUGAUGAAUAUGGAAAGUCAAAUACUUCUUCAAGAGUCACUGAUACCAGCCACUUUCUAUGCCAUUAACGCAGAUGGCGUUAUUGAAUACAAAGUGAAGAGAAACUUUGCAGGUUAUAAGAAAUAUAGGAAAUGGGAUAUUAUUGAAGAAAAUGUUGCGUUCAUGCCUAGAGGCUUGAAAACCGGAUUAGCCUUGCGGACAGGAAGCAAAAUUAUCUACCUAGACCAGUCAGAUCCCAUAGUAGAAGAUGAAGUAGACAAUAAUAUUGAAGUUACUAUAAGAGGUGAAUUCAGAAGUGUCGAUAAUGAAUUUAUACCCGGGAAAAAUGGAAGCGACUUGGUUGUUAUGAACGUUGGAAUGAAAAGUGCAAGAAAAAAUCUUUUGGCCAUCGCAACUCACGAAGAAACUAUUAUAAAAGCUCGUUUGGAUUUCGUCAAGAUAUAUCGAGAUGGCAUAAAAGGAGAGCUCUUCGACAAAGUGCCGACUUAUAAAGCUUCCUCCUUACUAUCUAUAGAGUUCGACCAAGGCGAAACAUUAUUGGUUUUUCUGGAGAACAAAAGAUUACUGCGAGUCUACGAAUAUAAAGGAAUUGAAGGUUUCAAACACAGAACGUCUGUGAAGCUUCCAGGUUCUAAACUUUUUCAAAUGACGUUGCCGAUUGAUUCUUUCACAAAUACAAGAAAAACUAUUGGAGUGAUAUAUAAAAACAAAAUUCGUGUCCUAGAAGCCGUGAUGGAUGGUAACUUCAUAAAAGAAGAUUUGAAAUGUGGUUUGUGAUGAAUAAUGUUACGAAUUUUAUAUUUAAUUUUUUUAAAUUUUUUAUUUAUAUUCAUUGAAAUGUAAUUAAAACGAAGUUGAAAUCA